UCAUCACCAUCAUCAUCAACAACAUCAUCCACAAUCAUCCGAAUCAUCAUCAUCAUCUACAACAACAACAUUAUCAUCGACAUCUAAUCAACAACAACAGCAACAACAAAAUACCGAUAUAAUUUCAUCGUGUCAUGAGGAUAAAUCGAUAAAUGAUAAUAAUAUUAAUAUUAAUAACAACAACAACAACGAAAAUAACAACAACAACAAAUCAAUAAUGAUGAUGAAUGUGCCUAUGACAAUGCCUGAUAUUAUAUCAUCAUCAACAACACCGACAUCAAUAACUUCUAUAUCAAAUUUUUUAGAUGGUUCUUAUCAAUCGAUUGCUGAUUCAAUGAAUGAAUUAUCACCUACUGGCAAUAAUAAUAUUAUUAAUAAUCAUCAUACAGAUAAAAUGUUAACUAUGAAUAAUCGUCAUCAAUCGAAUAAUAAUAAUAAUCAUCAUAAUCAUCAUCAACAUCAUCAUCAUCAAUCGUUUGAAAUUGAUAAUCCUGAAACUUAUCAUCAUCAUCAACAACAACAACAACCACAUUUGCCUACCUCGACAAAUGGCCAUCAACAUCAUCAUCAUCAUCAUCAUAAUUAUUUGGAUGCUCAUUCUGAAUUUUAUUUAGCUCAUUCAAUGAUGAUUGAUAGUAAAUUUUCACAACAAUAUCAACAAAAAUUUAAUAGAGGAUCACAAAAUUAUUUUGGUCGAUAUACCGGAAAUGAACUGCCCAGUAUGAUCGAUAAUUAUGGACAAUAUGAUAAUCAUUCAUUUACAACAAUGACAACACCAUCAUCGAUACCGCAUACACCAUCACCUGAACAAUGGCCACAAAAUGAUUUAGCAAAUUUAAAUAAUCAAAUUGGUACAACAUUAAUGUCAAAUACGGUGAUACCUUCAUCAAAUAAUCUAAAUAAUACAAUAAUUUCAAAUCAUAUGAAUGCCAAUUAUGAAUCACCACCACCACCAUCAAUUCAUGGUCGUGAUCAAAUCAAUUUAAAUCAAAUGACAAACAAUAAUAAUAUUCUACAUUCUACAAAUGGUAUUCAUCAAGGAGCCAAUCUUUUUCAUCAAUCUACGACGAUCGACGGAAAACCAUUUAUUCAAGCAGCAGUCUUAGCAGGUAUGAAUUUUUUUCUUUCUAAAGGUAGUGGACCCAUUCAAUUGUGGCAAUUUUUGCUUGAAUUAUUGACUGAUAAAGAUUGUCAAAGUUUUAUCUCUUGGACUGGUGAUGGAUGGGAAUUUAAAUUGACCGAUCCGGAUGAAGUGGCUCGACGGUGGGGUAUCAGAAAAAAUAAGCCAAAAAUGAAUUAUGAAAAAUUAAGUCGUGGCUUACGUUAUUAUUAUGAUAAAAAUAUCAUUCACAAAACGGCUGGUAAACGUUAUGUUUAUCGUUUUGUUUGUGACUUACAAAGUCUUUUAGGAUGUAAACCCGAAGAUUUACAUGCUGUUGUCGAUCUCAAGUCCGAAAAGAAAGAAGAAGAUUGAUUUUAAAAAAAUGAAUUUGAUCAAUGUUCAAAAUUAAUGCGCCAUAUUUCACUGGUCAUUAUCAAAAAUAUGUUCGUUCGUUUUUUUCCUGUUUAUUUAGAAGAAAUCAAUACUG